CGACCGCACAGCCUCACCAAUAUGAAGUACCAUAUUUUCCUGGGAUUAUUCGCGGUAGCGGCCGCCUACCCUGGCCUCAUUCACGAGGAGUCCCCGCAGCUCGACCACCAAGGCUUAAUCGGAGAAACGGGACACCAUCAUCAGAUCCAACACGAACACGCCAAGUCACACCAGUCCAUAAAAUUUGAACAUUUCCAUCCCGUCCCCGUGUACAUCAAGAAGGAGCACAGCCAUCUUCUGCACCACCCUCUCGAGAAGGGCCAAAGCGAGUCAAACUUAAAACAGAUUCACCCUGAAACCCAACAAGCUCAUGGUUACGGGCUAGUUCUGGAAGACCACAGGCUUAAUACUGACCACCUCGCCGGUAACCUUGGUCAUGGAGACUACUCAGCUGGUAUAGAGCAUGGAGGUAUCCAGCAUGGAGGUCUCGAGCAAGGAGGUCUCGAGCAUGGAUCUCUUUCCCAAGGGUUACAACAUGGAGGCUAUGAACAGUUUGCAGGAGGCUACGAGAGCAACGAAGGUCUAAAAGCUUAUGCUGAAGCUCAACCUGAGUUGGGACAUUAUGGAGGUCAAAUACAGGUCUCGGGAGGCAGUGAAGAAAGUCACGGAUACGGUCACUAUCAAUAAUAAUAUAGAUAUUACUCAGGGCACACAGUGAAUUAAUUAAUCUAAUUACAUAUGUAAUGUCUUGCCUUUUGGUAUUACUAAGAUAAGUCUGUGUAAAAGCUUAAAUAUGUGAUCUUCGUGUGAAACGUACCUGAUCAAAACUGAUUAGAAAUUUACAGUGCAGAGCGCACAUGACACUAAUUUGGUAUUAUAAUGUAUGCUAAGUCAAUCUAUACUUGAUAAGUGUUGGAAAAUUGUGUGUUCCUUUCAUUUGUCCCGAAUGUUAUGUGAAUUUGAGUAUUAUAAUGGGUUGACUCCCAGUGAAUUUGUGAUAUGUUAUUAAAUUGUUAAAUAAUUUGUA